UAUAUAUACACAAAGAUACAGAGAGAGAAAGAGAACCACUGUGUGUGUGUGUGUGAAAUACAGGAAGAAAACCCACUUCAGAUCUGCUGUUCUCUCUCUUCUUAACACAUUCUUGAUUACUUUCACAAGUGUUUCAUUUCAUAUUGUAACAAUGGCUCCAUUUUAACUCAGUUUCAACUCAUAUUUCAUUCAUUGUGUUUACUCAGUGCCACGUGUCUCCUUCCCUGUUUCUUGCUCUCUAGCUUACUCUCUUCAGCUCUACACUGCAAAACUCAAUCUGGGUAUUCUUAGUUGUGGUGAAUUUGAGUGCUUUUUCAGUUGCAUGAUCAUUUUCCGUCAGUGUUCGCCGGAGCUCCGGUGAUGCUCAGAGCUGAGCUCCGGCGCAAAUGUAUUAGUUUAGGGUUAAUAUUGUAAAAAUGUUCAAGUCUGGGAGAUGGAGGAGCGAAAAGAACAAGAUCAAAGCUGUUUUCAGGUUGCAGUUUCAUGCAACUCAGGUGUCACAGGUAGUAGGAGAUGCAUUAAUGGUAUCUGUGGUUCCAGCUGAUGUUGGAAAGCCAACGGUAAAAUCAGAGAAGGCAACGGUUCGUGAUGGGAGCUGCUAUUGGGAGAAUGGAGUUCUUGAAACUGUGAAAUUCGUUCGAGAGCCAAAGUCGGGGAAGAUUCAUGAGAGGAUCUAUAACUUUGUUGUGGGAACUGGUUCUUCAAAAUCUGGAAUUGUUGGCGAAGCUUCGUUUGACUUUUCGAGUUAUGCAGAUGCAACUAAGGUCUCCUUGGUGUCUCUUCCUCUCAAAAAUUCUAAAUCUGAAGCUGUGUUGCAUGUUUCUAUACAGAGGAUUCAAGAUUCUGCUGAUCAAAGUGUUGUCGAAGAAAUCGAAACUGCAAAACUUAAUUCUCUGGAUAGAAGCUUGAGAUCACAAUUAAGCAAUGAUGAUUUUGAUUCAAUAGUUAAAGAUGAUUUUAUUGAGGAAGCUCUGGCCAACAAACCUACAUCACAAAAUGGUGGAAAGAAUGGCAACUGCCGGACAUCAAGCGAAUCUGAUAUUACCCUGUCCAGUUCUGGAAGCAGCUCAGGGCUUGAUACACCUUGUGAAAUCCCAUUGAAGAACAACACGGUCCAUCACGAGCAAAUAAGCUUUCCGUCCUCUCUGAAUAAUGCUUUGGUUCCCCGGAAGCAAAAUAGCAAUGUCUCAACAACAGUUCACGAAGAAAGUCCGAAUGCACACUGGGAGUGGAUGGAAGCUUCUGCUUUUGAUGCGGGUUCAGAUGUUGUUGAAAAGCUCAAAACUGAGCUCAUAGCUAUGGCUAGGCAAGCAGACGUGUCGGAUAUGGAACUACAGACUCUGCGGAAACAGAUAGUCAAGGAGAGCAAAAGGGGACAGGACCUCUCAAAAGAGGUAGCUAGUUUGAAAGAGGAACGAGAUGCUCUCAAGGAAGAAUGCGAUAAACUCAAAGCCUCACAGAAACGUAUUGACGAGACAAAGUCCAAAGACAAGUUGCUUUACGACAACGGGGAUAUUCAGGCUCUUGUAGAUGAGCUUAGGCAAGAGUUGAGUUAUCACAAGGACAUGAAUGCAAAUCUUCAGAUACAACUUCAGAAGACACAAGAAUCUAAUUCUGAACUAAUUCUUGCUGUCCAAGAUCUAGAUGAGAUGUUGGAACAGAAAAACCAAGAAAUCGCUAACCUGUGCAACAAAUCAACGACGUGCGAUGAUGCUGAGAAGUUUCCAGAUGUUAUCUCCAACUCCAAGCAUGAAAUGAGUGAUGAAGAUGAUGAAGAGCAAAAAGCACUUGAGCAGCUUGUGAGACAGCAUAGCGAUGCCAAGGAAACAUACAUGCUAGAGCAAAAAAUCAUGGACCUGCAUGGUGAAAUUGAGAUCUACAGAAGAGACAGAGACGACUUAGAGAUGCAGAUGGAGCAACUUGCCCUUGACUAUGAGAUACUGAAGCAAGAAAACCAUGACAUGUCAUACAAAUUGGAGCAAAGCCAGAUACAGGAACAAUUAAAGAUGCAGUAUGAAUGUUCCUCUUCGUAUGCCACUGCAAGUCAACUGGAAGCCCAGAUCGAGAGCUUGGAGAACGAGCUGAAGAAGCAAUCUGACGAAUUCUCUGACUCUUUGGUCACGAUUAGUGAACUCGAAGCUCAAGUGAGGAACUUGGAGGAAGAACUGGAAAAGCAAGCCCAGGGAUUUGAAGCUGAUUUAGGCGCAUUGACUCGUGAUAAAGUUGAACAAGAGCAGAGAGCAAUACGAGCUGAAGAAGCAUUGAGGAAGACAAGAUGGCAAAAUGCUAGCACAGCAGAGCGGCUUCAGGAGGAAUUUAAACGACUCUCUGUUCAAAUGGCGUCCACUUUUGAGGCUAAUGAAAAAUUGGCUAGCAAAGCUUUGAACGAAGCUAAUGAAUUUCGCCUACAGAAAAUGCACCUUGAAGAUAUGCUUCAGAAAUCGUCCGAGGAGCUCCAAUCAAUCAGAGACAAUUAUGAAGUAAGGGUUCUUGAGCUUUCCAGCCAGGUGAAUAAAAUGACACAUCAAAUCGACAAGUUGCAGAGAGAAAUUGAAGAAAAAUCUAUGCAACUACAGAGACAAGAAGAGCUCGCCAAGGAUACUCAGCAGCAUCAGUCACAGAAAGUUAUUAUCCUUGAAGCUGAGAUUGCAAAUCUAUUAGCAGACAAGAAAACAUCAUCUGAUCAUGAAGAACAGAAGAAUAGCUUGAUGGCUGAAUUAGAUAAAAUGAGGUCAUCAAUUAAAGAUAUGGAAUUGCUUGUCGAACAAGGUCGCAGUGAAAGACGCGAACUGGAGACUGAGCUUGCAUCAGUGAGAAAAGAAGCAGAGGAGUCUUUGAAGGAAUUAAACAAUAUGAGGUCUCUUAAGGCUGAGAAGGAGGCAAUAGCUGGGAAACUGCAUUUGGAAAUGGAUAACCUUAAAUCGAGAUGCAAUGAAAUGAAAAGGAUGUUGUUUGAGGACGAGGUGGAGAAAGAAAAAUUGAAAAAGCAGGUGUCUCAAUUAAAAGCUGAUCUAAAGAAGAAAGAGGAUGCAUUGAAUGGUUUAGAUAAAAAGCUGAAGGAUGCCAACGGUCGAUUAAUAGCUUCUAAUGGAAUGAAAGCAACAUCAAAGAACAACAAAUUAAUGGCUACAUCUGCAGGAUCAAAAGAGGUUGCAAGUCUUAAAGAUAAGAUAAAGUUGCUUGAGGGUCAGAUCAAGAUGAAGGAAGGUGCACUUGAGAGCUCAACAAAUUCAUUUUUGGAGAAGGAGAGAGAUCUUCAAGACAAAAUAGAGGAGUUAGAUAGAAGAUUAGAAGAUCUUAGUCAGAAUGCAGAAAGGCUCUCCGAACAAGAAUCCCGAAAGGUAGCUGCAGAUGUUCUACAUCCAGGUUCUACGACAUGCACAGGGGAGAGCUGCAAUGGCUGUUCACUUGACAAGAAAAAUGAAGCCUCAGCAUGUAAUACAAGACAUGUUGAGGAAUUGACCGGCGAAAUUGAACUACUGAGGGAGAGGAACAAUGUAAUGGAAGAAGAACUGAAGGAAAUGCAAGAUAGAUAUUCAGAAAUAAGUCUCAAGUUUGCUGAGGUAGAAGGAGAAAGACAACAGCUAGUAAUGAAAUUGCGAAAACGCUAAAAAGAAACCAUAAGUCAGUUCCAACUUCCAAAGAAGUGAUUACUAAGAUUGUCAAAAUAAAUGUAAAUUGGUGAGGGAAAAUUCAUCAUUUUAAAGUUUUGUUUCUUGCAUAUAAUGUUUGACUUUAGUCCUAGAUAUUAUACAAGAAUGUAAAAUAGUUUAGCUAAAUAGGUUAUAUGUCUCACUUACUAGUCAUGUAAGAGUACUUUCAGCUGUUUUUGUGAGUAGUUAUUGGUAAUAUCUUCUGUUUAUGAAUACACUCUUUUCUUUUAUUCA